ACCCCUAGCACUAUUUUUGUUUUAUUUGUUAACUAAUUUACUUGCUGUUUACACACUGAUUGCAGCUGAUAUAUAACUAAUCUCAUCCUUACAUCUGCAAAAUCCAGCUGUUUCUGAAUGAGUUAACGAGAAGUCGAUGGCGUUGUAGAUAAAGAGAACUAUAGAACAAUGCCAGAAAGCAAUGACACACGGCGACUAUUGGGCGCCCAGGACGAGGAUGAUGAGAUUCUGGGCACGGAGAGCAGCUUUGUCCCCGCCUUUCGACCGAUUGACCACCAGGCGGAUGAGCAAUGUUUACUUGAGCGCCAGCAGGACGAAGUGGUCCUGGUGUCCAACGAACCAUUCAGAGGAAGGCUCUUCACCUACUUUGUGUUUUACCUUCUGGGCAUUGGCACAAUGACCCCCUGGAAUUUCUUUGUCACCGCAGAAGAUUACUGGAAGUACAAGUUCCGGAAUGCAUCAAUUAAUGCCACUGAUGUGGACGAAGAACUCACCCCGCUGCAGAAGAGCUUCACCUGCGAUUUGGCCCUCACGGCCACUAUUUCGGGAACAGUCUUCCUCCUGCUAAAUGCCAUUUACGGUCACCAUGUGUCCCUGCGGACCAAGAUGCUGGGCACGCUCUGUGUUAUUCUCGCCCUGUUCGGAGUCACUACUGGCUUCGUGGAGGUCAAUACGGACACGUGGCAGGAGCAGUUCUUCCUGAUCACGCUUAUCAUUGUGGUGCUGCUUAAUAUAUCUGCGGCUACUAUGUCGGGAGCCCUGUAUGGAGUCGCAGGACGCUUUCCAUCCGAGUUCAUCACCGCUGUGGUCAGCGGACAGGCUCUGGGGGGCAUUCUCACUGCCUUGGCCUUUAUACUCGUGCUCGCUUUUGACACGGGUCCCAAUACCACCGCCUUCAUCUUCUUUAUCAUGGGUGGAGUGCUCAUUCUGUACUGCAUAGUGUGCUAUGUGAUUCUGGCACGUCAGCCCUUCUUCAAGUAUUACCUUGAGGGUGGCGACAAGUACAAGGUCAUCCGGGCAGUACCCUCACAUAACCGCAAUGAAGAAGCAGAGGGCUUGCCACUCGAGCCAAUUUUAAAGCAGGUCAUGUCAAAGAUCUAUCUGCAUGCGAGUUGCCUGGCCCUUCUCUACACCACCACAUUGUCAGUCUAUCCGGCGGUUACAGUGCUAAUGCAGUCAGAGUAUGGCCACAGCGAGUGGACGGAUGUUUACUACCUGCCCGUAGUCAACUAUCUGAUCUUCAACUGUGGCGACUACUUUGGACGUCUUUUGGCUGGCUGGCUAGAGCGACCUAUCAACCAAAACACUUCGCUGCUAUUUACCGUAGCUCGCAUGGCGUUCGUUCCGUUCUUUCUGUGCUCAAACUCCACCGAGCACAGUUUCCUGCCUAUAUUGGUUAAACACGACUACUCUUUUAUUGCGAUGAUGGUCAUGUUUGCCUUGUCGAACGGCUAUUUUACCAACAUACUGCUCAUAAUGGCCCCAAAAAGCGUGAGGCAGCACGAAAAGGAGCUUGCUUCCUCCAUUAUGGCAGCCGCUUUAAGCUGCGGCAUGGCUGUGGGAUCGCUGCUUAGCCUGGUCUUUGUUCAGAUGUUGUGAUAAAGCCAAAACAAAAAACAAUGAGUCUGCCGAUGGUGCCUUAGAAAAGUAUAUAAUCUUUAAGCUUUAUAGUGUGAUUUUACCUGAUAUUGUUUCCAUAUCGUAUUGUAAUUCAACUUGAGCUACAAAUUGUAAAUUUGGUCCGAGAGCUUUUAAUUUUGUUGUACCAAUUUGUAAUUCGUUUCGAAGAUUUUUUAUUUUUUAUCAUGUUUACUGUAUCAUAUUGCCUAGACAUAAGUUUAAAAGGUUUGCUAUAGUCUUAAGUCAAUUUUUUAAACAAAUUUAAAACGCUGUAUUUGUCUUGGUUUAACGUUUAUUAUUUUUUUCUGCGGAUCACAACAACAAUGUGGAGUAAUUUUGUUUGAUUUUCGUUCGACAUUAUUAUUUGAUUUAACUAAUGAAUUCCAUUGUAAACAUUGACUUUAAUUGAUUUAAAAAUGUACACAUUUUAAUUAAAUUGUUUUACUUAUUGCCGCCGGAAAAUGGUUUCAGCGGCAUUCAAAUA